AUGCCUGGCAGAGAAGAAAGUUGCACACGCUCGCUGGAUCAUUCAUUUCGAAAAAGUACGUCAUUGGAGCCGGAGUGGGAUUUUGGGAAGGUUUUGGAUCCGACCCCGAGAAAAAUAAAAGGGAAAACGUGUCCCUCUAGGAUUAGUGUUUUUGGUGUGAAAGUGAAAUCGAAAGCGGAUUGAAUCCUGUGGAUUCGUUUUAUUUAGGAAUUCGGGAAGCACGAGUGUUAAAACUCAGGCAAAAUGGGAAUUAAAUUCCUGGAAAUAGUCAAGCCCUUUUGUGGCAUCCUUCCGGAGAUAGCGAAACCGGAACGGAAGAUUCAAUUCAGGGAGAAAGUUCUGUGGACGGCAAUUACCCUGUUCAUUUUCCUCGUCUGCUGCCAAAUUCCACUGUUCGGAAUCAUGAGCUCAGAUUCGGCCGAUCCCUUCUACUGGAUUCGUGUCAUUUUGGCCUCGAAUCGAGGAACCCUGAUGGAACUGGGUAUCUCUCCAAUUGUCACAUCCGGUCUAAUUAUGCAGCUUCUGGCCGGAGCCAAGAUUAUCGAAGUUGGUGACACUCCCAAAGAUCGAGCUCUCUUCAACGGAGCCCAGAAACUUUUCGGAAUGGUCAUCACCAUUGGCCAAGCCAUCGUCUACGUCAUGACCGGAAUGUACGGAGAUCCAGCGGAAAUCGGAGCUGGUGUCUGUCUUUUGAUCAUCAUCCAGCUGUUUGUUGCUGGUUUGAUUGUCCUGCUCCUGGAUGAACUGCUCCAGAAAGGAUACGGUCUCGGAUCCGGAAUUUCCCUCUUCAUUGCCACCAACAUCUGCGAAACCAUCGUCUGGAAGGCCUUCUCGCCAGCUACCGUCAACACCGGCCGAGGAACCGAAUUCGAGGGAGCCAUCAUUGCCUUGUUCCAUCUGCUGGCCACCCGCCAGGACAAGGUCCGGGGCCUGCGGGAAGCUUUCUACCGUCAAAACCUGCCCAAUCUGAUGAACCUGCUGGCCACAGUGCUCGUUUUCGCGGUGGUCAUAUACUUCCAGGGCUUCCGUGUGGAUCUACCCAUCAAAUCGGCCCGGUACCGUGGCCAGUACAGCAGCUACCCCAUCAAGCUCUUCUACACCAGCAACAUUCCCAUCAUCCUGCAGUCGGCCCUCGUUUCCAACCUUUACGUCAUUUCACAGAUGUUGGCGGUCAAAUUCCACGGCAACUUCCUGGUCAACCUGCUGGGAACCUGGGCCGACGUGAGCGGUGGUGGCCCGGCUCGUGCCUACCCGAUCGGAGGCCUCUGCUACUACCUGUCCCCUCCGGAAUCGCUGUCCCACAUCCUAACCGACCCGAUUCACGCCAUCCUCUAUAUCGUGUUCAUGCUCGGUAGCUGCGCCUUCUUCUCCAAGACCUGGAUCGACGUGUCGGGCAGCUCCGCCAAGGAUGUGGCCAAGCAGCUCAAGGAACAGCAGAUGAUCAUGCGUGGCCAUCGGGAGAACUCGAUGAUCCACGAGCUGAACCGGUACAUCCCGACGGCGGCCGCUUUCGGUGGCCUCUGUAUCGGAGCCCUGUCGGUGACGGCCGACUUUAUGGGUGCCAUCGGAUCCGGAACCGGUAUCCUGCUGGCCGUGACCAUCAUCUACCAGUACUUUGAAAUUUUCGUUAAAGAGCAGAGCGAAAUGGGCGGCAUGGGAACGCUACUAUUCUAAGUAGAAUUUUAGGCUAAGAGCAUUUUCAUCCCCUAGCAAACCAACUCUAGAGUUCGAAUCGCUCGGAUAAGGAGUGCCGACUCUUAUUCAAUGGUUUAGUUCACCCCAGCAAAGACACAAGCAGAAGUUAAUAUCCUUGUUAUGUUUAGUGUUGCGUCUUAGGCUGUCUGCGAUUACGAAUGAAAAUUAAAUUAUUCAUUUAAAGUUCUUGCAUAAACCUAACAUCAUCCUAGCCCGUGAGAUGAACGAAAGGAGAAGAGAGUGAGUUAGUUUUUAACACGAGAACGCAGACAGUGAAUUAGGUUAGCUCUUUGUUUAAUCGUUUGUAUCAUUCAUCCUCCAUCACGAUUCUAAAAUCCAAAUACGAUCCCCGAAAAGAUAAAAAAUUGUAGCAGCAACAGCCGCAGCUAAUAAAGUUUGUUCCUUUUCGUCGAAAAGCGAAACAUAAAAAUCGAAAAAUUUAAUCUAAAAAUUGCAAAAAAAAAAAUUUCAAGAACAAAAUUGUAGUAAAACAAACAAGCAUGUACUAUAGCGAUUUUCCCGAAACGGGAGAAAAACAGUAAAAGAAAAUUUAAUACUUGAAGAAAGAGUGAAAAAGCCACACAUUUACUGAAAACAAGCAUUUUUUCACGCAACAUAUAGAAAAACCCUUAGAAGGACAGAAACCAACUUACUAGGCAGGAAAAUCUGUUGUUGAAAAGAGAUUUUAAGACUUUCCCCCUAACAAUUAUUAUGAAUGCUACAAUUCUACACUAUAAACCCAUUACUGUACGAUGAUAAGUAAGCGAGUGGAAGAAGCAUUUUGUGUUUUUUUUUGUUUAUUUUUGUGAGAUGAACAAUAAAAGGAAAAAUAAAUUUUGAA